UUUUAUCCAUUUCUCCAAAUUUCAUAAAAUCAGCUGUUUUUUACGACAGUGCAGCAAAAUAAGAAGAGUUUUGACAUUUCAUUUGUUAUUGUUUUUAAAAUUUUUGCUCUGGAUUUGUGUGAACCUAUUGCUGGAUUUUUUGUGACACAAUGCUGAAAAGCACACAACUGUUGCUAUUAAACAAGCAAUUUAUAUGUUGCGCCUGCAAGCAAUUGUCCACCGCUUCUGGAAGCACUGCAAACUGCGCUCAAAGAGCCUUCUUUACUUUAAGUGAUUUGACGAAUAAAAAUCGCGAAUAUGUGAAAAAGGAGCUAAUCGGUUAUUCGAUGGAGGAAAUGUACGAUGUGGUUGCGGAUGUAUCGAAUUACUAUAAGUUUGUACCAUAUGUUAAAAAAUCGCUCGUACAUAGCAAACACAUUGAUGGCUUCAAAGCUGAUCUUAUUGUCGGUUUUCCACCACUUAACGAACGAUACACAUCGACUGUAUCAUUAAAUGCACCCAAACUAGUGAAAUCAGUAUGCAAUGACGGUAGAUUAUUUAAUUUUUUACUAAACGAUUGGAGAUUCAGUCCUGGUUUGAAGGAUAUACCACAAUCAUGUGUUGUUGAUUUUAAAGUUACUUUCGAAUUUAAAUCCCUGAUACACAGUAAUAUUGCGAAUAUAUUUUUUGAUUUGAUUUGUGAUCAAAUGGAACAUGCUUUUGUUGCGGAAGCUGAAAAGCGAUAUGGACCACCUUCGAUUAAAUCACACAUACUGUCGUGGCGAAGAUCCUGACCAAAACUCAGUAAACAAAACUAACUAUAAGUUUGCCAUUGUCUAAGUGAUUAUUAUUUUAUAUUUAUUUUUAAUAAUUAACUACGUCUAAUAAUGCAAUUUGUUGGAUAUAAAGAUUUUGGUUGAGGCUAUGCCAAGUUUUCAUAAUAUAAUUUGUACAAUAGUGUUCCAUUUUAGUUAUAAGCAUACUAUAUAAAAGUAUAAAGUUUCAUUAAAUUUAUAAGUAUGUAAAACGUAAAAAGUGACUGUAUGAUCUGUAUUGUAUCUGUAUUUUACUUUUAAAAUUACCAAAUGUGUUGUAAAUAAACAUUUUAAAUAAUAGAUUUUACACAUGUUUAAUGAUUAAAUGGUGCAAUUUCCGGUAUACUGAUUGGAUUUCUAUCAUUUUUAUUUAAAAAAAAAAUACAGUUUUUUUAAUGUU